GGGACUUAAUAUGACCUAAGGUUUCGCAUUACGUUGAAGCGGAGACAAUUGAGUAAUAGUUUCAGUACAAUUUUGUCGUCCUCAUUGUCGUCGCUUCAAUAUAUAGCGGUUGAUACUGCAAGUAGAAUGUCAAUUCAAAGUUCAAAAUCGGCCAACACUAAAACUUCCGACGAAAUUCAAAUUUUUUCAUGUGAACACUCCAUCCAGACGAGCAAGAGAUUAUUUAUGGAUGAGAAAACGGCUGAUGUCUUUUUCGUGUUUAACACGAGCAACGAUAAACGAGUCAGGGUUGCUGCACAUAAGAAUAUCCUGGCUAAAGGGAGUUCAGUGUUUGAAUCGAUGUUCUAUGGCGGCAUUGCGGAGGAUGGUGAUGUCGAAAUUGUGGAUGCAUCUUUGGAUGGAUUCAAGGAAUUUUUGCAAUUUUUCUACGUUGACAAAGUAAAGCUCACUAUGGAAAAUAUUGGUGAAGUUCUUAACCUGGCUAAUAAAUACGACGUUAAUGAGUGCCUGAAUGUGUGCGAUAAGAUGUUGGAAGAGAAUGCCAAUCUACAAAACUUGUGCGACGGCUUACAGCUUUCUAUUACGUUCAAACGAAAUGAAUUGGAAAAGAUUUUUCUACAAAAAGUCAGUCAACAACCCAAAGAAGUUCUUGCUUCGAUCGGAUUUUAUAACUGUUCACAUGACGUGCUGAAACUCUUACUCACAAGUGUCGAUUGGAAAUGUGACACGAAAGAAGUGUUCGAUGCGUGUAUGGUAUGGGCGAAACAAGCGUGCGAAAAGAAUAAAUCGGAUGCAUCAGCAAUGGAAAAUCGACGAAAAGAAUUGGGUGAAUGUUUGCAUCUCAUUCACUUUGACCUGAUGAGCCAGCAGCAGAUUGCUCAGUGUAUCCUUAAUUAUAGAGGACUGUUCGACAAAGACGAACUGGAAGAUAUCAUUGCCCUAACAAUGUCAGAUGCGGCCUUUGAAAUGAAGAGGUUUAAAAGUCUGGCCCCAGUGUUGGACAAAACAUGGAUUCACGAUUCCGCGUUGGCAUGUUCCCGCAUCCACAAUCCGUCACUGAACAAAAACUAUGUCAAUCAACUGGAAAGUAUUUCAUUUCAAACCAGCAAGAAAGUACUGUUCGGUGCUAUUGCAGCCCUUCAGCUGCAGAAAUCCGAUCCGAAUUAUUUCAGUAACAAAAUAUCCGGUUCGAUGAUGAUUUUCGAAACAACGUCCAACGAAAAUUCGGAAAAAAGUAUCCUUCUGCUGAAGCAACCGAUAAAUGUUACGUGUGGUGAUGUUAAAGAUCUACCCAGUUACAUAAAACUAUCCAAGCCAAUUGUCCUCACGCCAUACAAAGUGUACGAAAUUCGAAUGAUAUUCAAUACACUGUGGAAGCAUCAAACAUUCCACACCAAUUUCUACUAUAAGCAAGAGGUUGAACUGGCCGACGAUAUUAAAAUUGUUUUCGAAAAAAAUCCGAGUCUACCGUAUGACAACUGCAGUUUCGGAAUUAUAUCAGAUUUGUAUUUUAAUCGCUUCGAUAACGAUCAAGUUCAAUCCAAAGCUGAUAAGUAGUAACAUUUAUUGUGAGCAUGGACAUACUGUUAGUCAAACUAAAAAUAAAAUUUGGGAAAUAAAAAUGAAAUUAAUUAUCAA